GCCCUUACUUUGGGAUCGGUAUAAAUACUGGGAAGGUUCGUUCUGGAUUGCAUUCACUCGUCGCUUGGACAAGAGAUCAAUUUAUCGUGAAAAUUAAAAAGUAAUGUCAUCCGCCAUGUUGUCUUUCUCCCGCGUAUUGUUACUCAUCGUCAUCGCUUCUUUGUACAUGGAAUCCUGCCAUUCUGCCACCAUACCGCGAAACUUCGACUCGAGGCUAACUGAUGACGUCAUCAUGACACCAAAGAAGAGACCAUUUUGCAACGCAUUCACUGGAUGUGGCCGAAAACGCUCUCAAUAUGCUCCCGGUAUGCCCCAGGACAUCAUACGUCAGAGACAGUACGUUGAUGAUGAUACUCUAGGAUCUCUGGUUGAAUCUGAAAAUGCGGUUGACGAGCUAUCUCGUCAAAUUCUUUCCGAAGCCAAACUGUGGGAAGCCAUCCAAGAGGCAAGCGCUGAAAUACUUCGCAGAAAGCAGAAAUAAUAUAACCAAUAAAACGUACCAGGAUUUAAACAAUCGAAUAC